AUGGUGUCACUAAAAGGUGGAAAGUUUCGAUGUCUAUCACGAGACGUCGGCCAGGAACGAACAUUACUGUAUCCGCCGCAAACCACGUUGCAACUGUCGAUAUGUUUAAGUUCAGGAGGACCGCUGUUCACACCGAAAAAAGUAUAUCCGUAUCGACGAUUGGGUGUUAAUCUAGGAUUUCAGGUGAACUAUGGGUUACCCUAUCGGUUGAAAGAUUUUUAUAGCUUUCCCACCUGGGCCCGGGCGAUGGCCGGCGUCAUCAAAGGACGUGUUCUGCCGACGGAGGUCAUCAGUGCUAGAGCUGCUCGAAAACGUCGAUCCAAAAGACAUUUGAGCGCCGGAGACGUUUACCAGGCGCUGGAUGAGGGUUUGAAAAUUGCUGGUUACGAUGAAGAUUGUUUGGUGAAAAGUGUUUGCGAAUUGGCUCAUAGUCCUUUUCAUAGUAUAGAGGAAAAUUUAUAUGCAGAAAUAAUUUAUUUCAUUUUGAGCCCCUCCGAACAUAAGUCGUUCGAGCACAACGAACGCACCAUGAGAGUUAAGUAUGAAACUGCGGAACAACUAGGAAAAUCGGGCACAGACUGUCAUUUGCUGUACCCAAAGUGCAGAAAUUCGUUUCUCAAUGAUAUUUCUAUAUAUGUUAAGGAUAUUGAAUCAAACAAAGUACGAUAA